ACAGAGCAGCGCGCGCUGUCCGCCUGCACCUCAGAUCCUUUUACGCACCGCAGGAGCGCGUGGGGGAUUUGAGCCGACGCACUCUGCCUCCGCUCUCUGCUGUACAUGUUGACAUAUUCUAUAUGAAUGUCUGAAACUCUGCACAAAAGGACGAUUUUGCGGCAGAAUGAGGGGAUUUACACUUUUCUUCAACAUGAUUCUUGUUGCGCUUCUCGUCGUUACCGUGACAGCGACCAAAUUAAAUGUCCCGAGAGUGAGGCUGACCUAUAAAGACCUACAGUCCACCAACAGGUCAUCCAUCUUCAGUGGCCAUCACAGCCAGCUCUCUCUGUCUGCCGUUCUUCUGGAUGAGUACCGUGACCGCCUCUUCCUGGGAGGGAAAGACGUCCUGUACUCGCUCACUCUGGGACCUGUCGGGACUGAGUCCAAAGAGAUCUAUUGGCCACCGUUACCUGGCAACAGAGAAGACUGCGUUCAAAAAGGGAAGGAGCCACAGACUGAAUGUGCCAACUUUGUUCGCCUCCUGCAGCCCUACAAUCGCACACACCUGUUGGCCUGCGGCACCGGCGCCUUCCAGCCGAUCUGCGCCUUCAUCUACGUGGGCCACAGAGGCGAGCAUGUCUUCACCAUGGACCCAACCAAUGUGGAAAACGGCCGUGGGAAGGUUCCACAUGACCCCAGCCUCCCCUUCGCCAGCACCUUCAGUGGUGGGGAGCUGUAUACGGGACUGACGGCAGAUUUUCUGGGACGAGACUCUGUGAUCUUCAGAAGCAUGGGUGGACGCUCCACCAUGAGGACAGAAACCGACCAGAAGCUUCUCCACGACCCCAGAUUUAUUGCAGCCCACCUCAUCCCAGACAAUGACGACAGAGACAACGAUAAAGUCUACUUCUUCUUCACUGAAAAGGCAAAUGAGGACAAUGACAGAGAGGGUGCCAUACAUACGCGAGUUGGACGAGUGUGUGCGAAUGAUGUCGGCGGUCAAAGAGUUCUGGUCAACAAGUGGAGUACUUUUAUCAAAGCCAGACUGAUCUGUUCAGUACCAGGACCUCACGGCAUCGACACUCACUUCAACCAGCUGGAGGAUGUUUUCCUGCUGAGGACCAAAGAUGAGAGGAACCCUGAUGUUUAUGCCAUCUUCAGUACCAUCAGUAACGUGUUCCAGGGUUUCGCCGUAUGCGUUUACCGUAUGGCUGACAUCAGAGAAGCCUUUAAUGGUCCCUUCGCUCAUAAAGAGGCCCCGGACUACCAGUGGGGGGCCUAUGAAGGCCGGGUCCCUUACCCACGACCGGGAGUGUGUCCCAGUAAGAUCACAAACCAGCCCGGCAGAGAGUUUGGCAGCACCAAGGACUUCCCGGACUCUGUGCUGCACUUCGCCCGUGGCCACCCGCUGAUGUGGCGUCCUAUCUAUCCUGCUCUGCGCCAGCCUGUGCUGGUCAAAGCAAAUGUUCCUUACAAGCUGAGACAGAUUGUGGUGGACAGGGUAGAAGCUGAAGACGGCCAGUAUGACGUCAUGUUCAUUGGCACAGACAGUGGUGCAGUGCUGAAGGUUGUUGUCCUGCCCAGUGGAAACAGUCUGGAGACAGAGGAGAUCACACUCGAGGAGCUACAAGUCUUUAAAGUGUCAACUCCAAUCACAUCGAUGGACAUAUCAGUUAAAAGGCAAGCGCUGUAUGUGGGUUCUGCAAUGGGUGUGGCCCAGGUGAAGCUGCAUCGCUGCGAGACUUAUGGGAAGGCUUGUGCCGAGUGCUGCCUCGCCAGAGACCCCUACUGUGCCUGGGAUGGAUCCUCCUGCUCACGAUACGUGUCAAACAGCAAACGCCGCUACCGUAGACAAGACAUCAGGCAUGGCAACCCUGUGUUACAGUGCAUGGACCAGAACGUGAGCGAGGAACUGGAUGUGACAGAGGACAAACUGGUGUACGGGACCGAGAACAACAGCACCUUCCUGGAGUGCAUUCCACGCUCGCUGCAGGCGACAGUGACCUGGUUCAUCCAUCGAGACGACCGCAAGGAAGAGGUGAAGCUGGAUGAGCGUGUGAUGUCUACAGAUCAGGGCCUCCUGUUUCGACGCAUCUUCCGCCAUGAUGAGGGUGUGUACAUCUGCUGCUCCAGAGAACAUGGCUUUACACAAACCCUGGCCCGCAUUACACUUGAAGUCCUCCAUGGGGAGGCAGUGGGUGAGCUCCUGACACGUGACAACGGUGCCGUCUCUGAGUCUUUCAAAGACCGUUCUGGAGGAAGCUACAGGUCCUGGCAGCCAUGUAGUGCAUUCAUAAGGGGCAGCUCCAUGGGACAGAUCGGCCAAUCACGCACCUGGUUCAAAGACAUCAUGCAGUUGAUUGGACCGUCGAACCUGCCGCACGUAGAGGAAUACUGUGAGAGGAUGUGGUGCAAUGACAAGCUGAGGCGGAAACACAAGAGCAUGCUGGAGAAAUACCGUCAAGCGCAGGAGAGUGCCAGAAAAGUGCGUAGCAGGAGCUCAGGGGAACGCAACAGGACGCCGCGGGAUCUCAGCGCACGGGAGGAGUAACGGAGAAGGAAUACAAGGUCAAAGGGAAAUGUAACUAAAGAUUCCAAUCAGGGGGACCACACGGAGAAGAAACUUUGUCCUCGCCUGAUGUUAAAGUUAACACAAAGAAUUCAAUGAAAUCUGCCUCUAAAGGUCACAUAAUGUGGCUAAAAAAAUACAACACAAAACAUUUGCAUGGAGACGAGGCAGAAAAAGAGACUGCUCAGUGGAAUGUUUAUAAAGACGAUUCUUUUAAAACAAUCUUUCUAUGAGAACUCUUCAAUUUGAAAUCAACAAUUAUGUCAUUGUAUCAUUUAUUUCAUGCAAAUUGAGCAUUUCUUUAUUGGGAAAACUUUGACAAACCUCACAUUUAUCAGAAGUUUGUAACUUUUGACUUUACCAACAACAGAAGUAAAUCACAGUCCAACAAAGCACGCUGUAAGAGAAAAAUACACUUUAAAAGCACACACCCUAGCUAAACAUAGAAAUCUGCAUAAGCUUGUUUAGCUGUUGCUUUCAGUUAUAUUUGGCUGAUUACAAGACCUCUUCAUGCAGGAAUCACUGCACUAGACCUACUAAAGUAUAAGAAAAUUGCUGCAGCUCACACUUUCUCAAAGGCUUGAAAUUCCUGAUUAGUCUCGGAAUGUGAUCCUCUCUCCUCAAAUUACUACUGUUCUCUCUCUUAGGCAUCAUUUCACUGGUGAAGUCUUUGGAAAUCACAGAGAAAAGCUUGUUAAGAUUAGUUUUUUUUUAUUUCUGCACUGCUGUACAGUGACACUGUUGGUUGCAUGUCUGCUGGCCUCUCUUAGGGGUGAAACAGGACAUGUGUUCCUUCUGAGCCACCACAGUAUGUAUGUUACGGAUCAUGCAUGGAGUUGUACUGAGAAGACACUGUGCAAAAUUCUUUCAGAACACCUCUGAGUUGGUCACAGUCAUUGAUAUGUGAAUGAGACUAACGAUUGUCAGGAGAUUGAGAGGACCUACCCGCUUCAUUUAAAUCAGUGGUAUCGGAAACCAUUGGAUUCCCGGUGAGCUAUGAAUAGGGGAUUGGAAGAGGAACACCGUUGUUCAGCAGUUAUAAGGUACUAUGUGAGUGCUCACUCAAACUCAUUGAUCUCCUGUUGCCACAGUCCAUCCUAAAUUCUGCGAUGCAUUUGCUCUCUAUCUUUCGCUCUCUAAUACAUUGAAUAUGCUAAUUCAGCAUCAUCACUGGAGCAAGUCGGAAAAAAAAA